CAAAAUUUAUGGUUAGAAAUGUUACUGAAAAAGAGAAACCAAAGUUCGAACGGUUAUUACUGCGGAUGACAAUAUCUAAUGGAUGGGCCUUCCAAUGGACUAGAGAUCCAGCUACUCGAGAGUUUUUUGAAUUUUUAAAUCCAAACCUUGUUCUUCCUGGUUGGGAUGCUCUAUCUAAUCGCAUUCUUAAUAGUGAAAGUGUCAACUUGGAUAUGUCACGUGAGCAAAAACUAAAAGAAGAUAGCAUUGGAGUUACAUUAGCAUUUGAUGGAUGGAAAAAUGUAUUGAAACAACAUAUAUUUGGCUCUUUAUUUAUCUUAUCAAGUGGAGAAGUCUUAAUUUGGGAUACAAUUGAUGUAAGCUCAGAGCGAGAACGAAUGAUUGAGAUAAUCCCUAAAGUAGAAUUUAUGAUAAAGGAUGCAUCAAAGAUAGGAGCCAAUUUAUCUGCUAUUGUUUCUGAUAGUGCACCAGCAUAUUCUGGAGAAAUUUUCAAGGAAUCUAAUGAAUUCAAGACUGCGUCUAAAAAAGCAAUAACUAUAGUUGCAUAUUUUAAUAAUGCGAUUCACUCAUAUUUUAUUGGUAAACUUCGAGAAAUCCAAAAACAAAUAUAUAAUAAUUAUAUAACCUUGAUUUGUCUAGCUGACACUCAGUGGAACUCGUAUUGUUAUUGUUUUAAAAGCUUGCUAAAGUCUCGUCAAGCUUUGAGAAAUUUAGCAAUUGCGCACGAAUUGCCUUUAGAUACUUUGACUUAUGAUUCUGAUGACGAAACUAAUCAAGCUUCAAUUCAUCUGGAUGAACUUUAUCUACCACAGAAAAUAACAUCAAUUUUACUUAGUGAUAGUUUUUGGCAAUCAAUAACACGAUUAUAUCCAUUACUUCAUCCUUAUUGUAAAGCUCUCGAUAAAUUGCAGUCAGACACUGCUCGUCUUAAUGAAGUUUUACAAGCUUUUGGUGGAAUUUUAAAAAUGUGGAAGGAAUAUUCUGAUCAAUAUUUGGCACAGUGCAUAAUUUUACGGUUGGAACAGAGGUGGAAACAGUGGGAGCAGCCAUUAUUAUUAUUAGCAUUUCUUUUAAACCUGAAUAUUCGUGAUAUAUGGUUCAACUCUAAUACUGAAAAUUUAAAUUUUACAUAUAUUGCUCGAUUUAUUACCUAUUAUUAUAAGGCAUGGUUUGGACACCAGCCAACUUGCAUUCUACUUGAAUAUAAAAAAUAUAGAAAAUGCAAUUAUCUAUUCGAUCGUCCAACAUAUGAGCAAUUUGAAGGAAAUAUUUUAGGAUUUUGGGAGUUUGCCUCCUCAUCUGUUAAAGAAUUAGGUCCCUUGGCUGUGCGACUAUUUGGAAUCUGUAUAAAUGUGGCAUCUGUAGAACGAUUAUGGAGUUCAAUGGGAUUUCUUUAUACUAACAAACGAAAUCGUCUCCCAACUAACAUGUUACUUUCCAAUAAAUUAACAAAUUCAAAUGAAUUAACUGAACUGAAUGAACUAAAUAAUCUAAGUGAAUUAACUGAACUAAAUAGAUUGAAUGAGAAUGAUUCAAAUGAACUGGAUGAAGAAGAAAAUAACUUGGAAGAUAUCGAACCACAUGAUUUAGAUAUUACAACAUUAGAUAAUUAG